AGGGCCGUAGUAACCCAUUCAUGGGGCCCGCGCGCGGCUGCAGCCGGGCUCCGUGGCGCUCGCAGCCACCGCCUCCUCUCGGCUCCGGGUCUUCCCCUUCCUUUUACAACUGAUCCUGUUGGGGAUUUUUUUUUUUUUCUAAUUUGGAACGGUGGGGAGGAGCAGGGAGGGGGGACCUGGAGGAAGGGGAGAGAUCAGGCAGCCAUCAAUUUCCUCCAGUUUCUCCCAGAACAGGUGAUGCUUCUAAAUUGUGAUCACUUUCAGGAGGCAGCGCUGCAGCUGGAAGGAUGCGAGCGACCUAGGGUGGAGGGGCUGAGGCGGCAGAUCUGAACUUGCGGAGGAUAAGAACCCAAACUUUGGUUACAUCAGUCCGCACCUCGCCAGUGAAGCAAAGGACGGGUUAUCUUUUUUUUUUUUUUCCUAAGACUCAAACUUGGGCACUUGAUCCCUUUUCUUGGAUUGCUUUGGAGGAGACGAUUUGCUGGCAACGUUGGGAACAGUCAAGACUGUGUUGUAACUCUUAAUUUUAAAGCGACAGUAGAGGAUCAGAUUUUUUAAAUGUUUGGAAUUCAAGAUACUUUAGGAAGAGGACCAGCUCUGAAAGAGAAAUCGCUGGGCGCCGAGAUGGAUUCGGUCAGGUCCUGGGUCCGGAAUGUCGGAGUGGUGGACGCUAAUGUCGCCGCGCAGAGCGGGGUCGCCCUGUCCCGGGCCCACUUUGAGAAGCAGCCUCCUUCCAACUUGAGGAAAUCCAACUUCUUUCACUUCGUCCUGGCGCUCUAUGACAGGCAGGGCCAGCCGGUGGAGAUCGAGCGGACGGCCUUCGUGGACUUUGUGGAGAAUGACAAAGAACAAGGCAACGAGAAGACCAACAACGGCACUCACUACAAGUUACAGCUCCUCUACAGCAACGGUGUCCGCACGGAACAGGACCUCUAUGUCAGGCUCAUCGACUCGGUCACCAAGCAGCCCAUCGCUUACGAGGGACAGAAUAAGAAUCCGGAAAUGUGCCGAGUUCUCCUGACGCACGAAGUGAUGUGUAGUCGAUGCUGUGAAAAGAAAAGCUGUGGAAACAGAAAUGAGACUCCAUCGGACCCAGUCAUAAUCGACAGAUUCUUUUUAAAAUUUUUCCUCAAGUGCAAUCAGAAUUGUUUGAAAACAGCAGGAAACCCAAGGGACAUGAGACGGUUUCAGGUUGUGUUGUCAACAACGGUGAACGUGGAUGGACACGUCUUGGCUGUUUCUGACAACAUGUUUGUUCAUAACAACUCCAAGCAUGGACGGAGAGCAAGAAGACUAGACCCAUCGGAAGCUACCCCCUGCAUCAAAGCCAUUAGCCCGAGUGAAGGCUGGACCACAGGAGGAGCCAUGGUCAUCAUCAUUGGGGACAACUUCUUUGAUGGUCUCCAAGUGGUGUUUGGGACCAUGCUUGUAUGGAGCGAGCUAAUAACCCCUCAUGCCAUCAGAGUACAGACUCCUCCCCGGCACAUCCCAGGCGUGGUAGAGGUGACAUUAUCUUAUAAAUCUAAACAGUUCUGCAAAGGAGCCCCAGGAAGGUUCAUUUACACAGCAUUAAAUGAACCCACCAUAGACUAUGGCUUCCAGAGACUGCAGAAGGUCAUCCCUAGGCAUCCUGGAGAUCCUGAGAGAUUAGCUAAGGAGAUGCUGUUGAAAAGAGCUGCAGAUCUAGUGGAAGCUCUUUAUGGUACACCACACAAUAACCAGGACAUCAUUUUGAAGCGAGCCGCAGACAUUGCUGAAGCCCUCUACAGCGUCCCCAGGAAUCCCAGCCAGCUUCCAGCCCUCUCCAGCUCCCCAGCACACAGCGGCAUGAUGGGAAUCAAUUCCUAUGGCAGCCAGCUUGGGGUCAGCAUCUCAGAGUCAACACAAGGAAAUAAUCAAGGGUACAUCCGCAACACAAGCAGCAUCUCUCCGCGGGGAUACUCUUCCAGCUCCACGCCUCAACAGUCUAAUUACAGUACCUCCAGCAACAGUAUGAAUGGCUACAGCAAUGUCCCUAUGGCCAACCUGGGUGUUCCAGGAUCACCAGGAUUUCUAAAUGGCUCACCCACCGGCUCUCCUUAUGGAAUUAUGUCAUCGAGUCCCACUGUUGGGUCUUCCAGCACAUCCUCCAUCCUCCCAUUUUCCUCUUCAGUUUUUCCUGCUGUCAAACAGAAGAGUGCCUUUGCCCCUGUCAUCAGGCCCCAAGGCUCCCCUUCACCUGCCUGCUCCAGUGGCAAUGGAAAUGGAUUCAGAGCCAUGACCGGACUUGUUGUACCCCCGAUGUAAAGAAGAACUGCUUUCUUAUAGCACACAACUACUUACUCUGAUGGACCAAUAAUGAAGAAAGCACUAUGAGCUCUUUUGGGGGCAUAGUGGUGCCCCCACAUGAACACGAUGGACA